AUGUUACGAGGCUUGUUCAUCAAGCCUUCCAAUCGCUCAUCCACAUCCAGCUCCAGCUCCAGAUCCGAUCGCCAUCGGCAUCGCGAUCGCGACGAGCGAUCCUCCACUUCCUCAUCACGCCGCAAAACAAAGAGCCGUCCCGAAGAUGACCUUUCUCCAGCAACGCGAAAAUCUACUCGGAGCGAAGAGCCCGAGCGCUCAAGAACCACAAGUUCAUAUCCCGAAUACUCCGAGAACGCUGCAAGGUCGGCGGUGUCUAGUAGUUAUGUGACGGCAAUAGACGAUGAUUAUGACGAUUAUACUCGAUCGAAAGACAAAAACGAUAUUUCUGAUGACGAUAAAGCCGGUGAAGGUCCCGCUUCACCGAGAUCUCUGCGAUCGGAGGUGCGAAGACAAGAGCGACGUGCUCGUGCUGGCGAAGGUGAGCUUUCUGGCACUAGAGAACAGCGGAGAUGGCGUAAGGAGGAUGCAGACGAAGCUGCGCAAAUAUAUGACCUAGAGGGUAGAGACUAUCGCCCGCGAAGAAACGAUGACGAGUUUGGAAUCGACGAGGAGCAAGAAUUGAGAAACUUGGAACGCGAUCCCGAUUCUCAGGAAACAGGAUAUGAACGGCGACGAAGUGAUCGUGACAGAGUCGUUGUUAGUGACCGGGCGGAUAGGAGACGUCACCGAAAUGAAUUUGACGCCGAAGAUCCGCUGGCAUAUCUAGAUGAGCGGAAAUACAAACAACGAAGGGCAAAAGCCGAACCCGUCGAUGAAGAUAUGUCAUUUCCAUAUUCUUCUCGCUCCAUACCCGAUAUACCAAGAGGCUAUCCUACAGCAUAUUUUGCGCCUGAGACUACGCCAACGAAUGACAUUUCGGUGCCGCCGAAUCUCUCUCGUGCUGCUGCGACUCCAGCCCAAAGAGCAGACAACAUGUCUCCUUCAGCAGCCUACGGUUUGGCUGCCGAUUACUAUAAUGAUCAAGGUCAGUCUGUUUCAACACAGCCUGGCGUAAGGCCAGAUUCGCAACCUGUCAUUGCUGGGACUCAGCCGCAUUUGAUGUCGCCUUUGGAAACACCGGCUCCCCCGGUUGAGCCCAGUGCAUUGGGACAACCAGGCGCGGCAGAGUCUUUCUACACUACCCCUACACCACAAAAUAAUCAGCCGCAUAACGGUUCGCCAGCUUCUUCUACGGCAACCUAUGGCAUUGAUCCCAUUUUAUUGGAUGAGAACCCUGCCCAAGAACCGCCCCAUACGUCGAGCCUACCAGCUUCACACUCUCAGGGUCAGACAGAUAUGUCUCAUCAACAUCACUCUAAAUUUUCUUCUGCUCAUGCCGGCAUGGCUGCCUUAGGUGUAGGUGCCGGACUUUCAGCUGCGUCAGCCCUCGGACAGAACACUACCCAAGGCAUGCACUAUCCUAGUAAUCAGUUGUAUUACCCGGGGAAGCCGGGGUACCAGCGCAAGUAUCACGGGCCCUUGGGUCGAUUUAUCAAUUUCUGGAGAGACCCCGAGGCAGUCGCCCAAUAUGAAGAGUAUUCCGAAAUAAUUGGUGUUUGCAAAUACUGUUUUGAGCCUGGUACGACAUCUCGAGAUGCACCUAGAAAGCACCAUUAUCGGCAGAAGAAUUUCAAUAAUAAUUUCAACGGAAGAUCUAAAGUCGAUAAGUAUAGUCGAUAUGCGUCAUCCUCUGACGAAAGCCGUCGUAGGAAGCGAUCAGGCAUGAAACCUUGGAUUGGCGCUGGCCUGGCUGCUGCUGCUGGAAAAUCGAUUUACGAUAUCACGAGAUCGAAUGCCAGCGGCAACUCUAGUAAGAGAUACGCACGUUCGGCAAGUCCAACCUCCUCAACAAGUGGUUAUAGCGCAAACCCAGGAACAAGAAGUUAUGUAUCUCAAGGUGUAACUACUGUGUCGAGUAACAGCCAUCCAGCAACUUCUGCAGUUAGCGGGUACGGACUUCCACCAGCUCAAUAUGCUUAUCCACACCAUCCUCGAUCUAGGGAACGGACACGACCGGGAUCCAGCGGAUCUUCUUCAUUUUCUUCAGAAGAGUCUCGUGGUGUUGGUAGAAAAGGCCUUGCUCUAGGUGCGGCAGCUGUAGGAGCGGGAGCUUUGGCAUCCAGAGCUCGACGUCGAAGCCGCACCAAAUCUCCAAAAAAGCACCCACGGAGGAGAAGACGGUCGUCGUCUAGUUCUUCGGGCUCCCUUGUUGAUAUAUCCCGCGUCUCUGGGAAGAGCGGAAUGGCUGGCCUAUCGUAUUUCUUUACAGCACCAUCAGAAAAGCGAAUAAAGGACAGACCCGAGGGAUCCAAAAAGAAGCAGAGAGGAUUCUUCAGCUUUCGAUCUGCAUCGUCCUCUUCUUCAGAUGAUGAUCUAGCAUUUGGUCCUGGGUUCUACAAAGGGCCUUCCCGCCGAUCGACAAAAAACAAAGACGACGGCAACGUGGACGCCAAACUGCUCGCACUGGGGGGCACUGCUGUCUCACUUGCUGGCGCAGCAGCUUAUAUGGAUGGACGACGACGCCGUCGGCCAGAUCUUGUAGCUGUGAAGGAGCGACGCCAUGGCUACCCGAGCAAUGCACCUAUGAUAUCCACGGCCGGCCACAAAUAUGACGAUGAUGACGGGUGGGAAUCGAUGUCCGAGUCAAGCCUAGAUUCAGCUCUAGCAUAUGGCGGCGAUUCGUCAGAUUCAGGAACUUCGAAAUGGGGCUGGCGAUGGGGGAAACGUAGAAAGCAGCCAAAGCCAGUGGCUAAGCUUGGGGCGCCGGCCUUGGCGCCAGCUUUAGCGCUAAUCCCAGCAGCGGCAGCCAUAGAAAGUUCUGCGAGCCAACCAUCGAUGCAUAAUGUGUACCCCGUUUCUACCUCUGACCCGUCUCGCUUUGAGACUGUGACAGAAACUCAAGCUUUGGAGCCAUCUGAUCGCCGUGAGCGAGAGCCUUUGCGUUUGACAUCGUCAGAGCCACUGCUUCAAGAAGGGCCCGAAGCCACUGGACAUCCCCAGCCCACUUAUCCUCAAGGUCAGGCUGCGCAGCCUCUAACCCGCAGAAAUGACGUCGAUCACCCGAUGACCACUACUGGGCCAUUUAGUGAGCCUAUUGAUACCUACCGAAAUAGACGAGAAGAAUUUGACGACCGCCAUGCCAGAGAUUUACGAGGGGACAGGGGACAUAGAAGAAGGGAAUCGUCUCCUGCCUUUUCCUCAACCCAAUUUGAUACGUCUGAUUAUCGUUUACCAAAACGGCAUUCGGCAUCGCAAGUUCAAUUUAAUUUGACUCAAGAGCAGGAGGAAAAAGAACUGCGUCAGGAGCUGGAUGAUGAAAGAAGAGCCCGCCGUAGAGAACGUGCUUCUCGUCCGCCAGUAGAUGACUCGUAUCGGGACUGGCCUGAAUAUGAGGAUGAUCGUUCUAGCAAGAACGGAGAACGCGAAACAUCGUCCCGUUACUAUCGAGCCAUACCAGUAGGCGCUGCUCUUGUCGGUGCAGCAGCAACUUCUGCCAUUUUAAGCGACCUAGGAGACAAGCAAAGUCGCAAGCUGAUAGACGAGAGCCAGGAGCGAAAUAGCUCUAAACGCCAUGAUUAUUCCGAAUCUGACGACGAUGGCAGGAAAAGUUCUAGGGUGCCUCGACGUGACUUUGAUUCGGAUGAUGGCGACACAGACCACGCUCGACGAAUCGCGGUGGAAGCUACCAAGCGCAUCAUUGCAUCGCCUGCAUAUGACAGCUAUGUGGAGUACUUCACUCCUGAGGAAUUUAGAUCAUCUAAAAAUCAUUCUCGAUCAGAUACGAGUUCUGAUCCUUCUUUGAAGGAUCCACCCAAGGUUCGCUUUGAUAAAGAGGCUGCCAAAAUUUCUGAUGGUGUGGAUCCUAGUCGUCUUCCGUGGCCCGUUCCACAUCUGAAUUUGAUAGAACCCACUCCUCCCCAUAGUACUGAUGGGUCUGUUAUUUCGGACGGGUACCAUGAAAACGAAUCUCCCAUCGAGCCCGUGAGAGAUCAGUCGUCAACCGCGAGUGACAAGACCGAGGAUGCUAGAGACCACAAAACCACCGAAGGGCCACAAGGCAUAACCCGUGAUCCUAUUGUUGGUCUUGCGGAAGUGCGGGGACCGGAGAAUACAGACAUUCCAAAGGAAUUUCAGCAAGAAUCAGCUAUGACACGCAGCACUGAAACACCAAAAGCGGAAAUGGUGAAGGAUGAUGAUAGUCCUAUCGAAGAAGUUGUGUCCCAACGCAUACCCGGAGGAUUUGAUGAUGAUAUUGAAUUUGCAGCUACUCUGGCUGCCGGCGCUGUACUUGCUGGUUUUGAUCCUUCCAUUGUCACAAAUGAACCCAUGUAUCAUUCACGCACCUCCCCUCCUAGCUCUGAACCCGAAAAUGUUUCUGUGGAAACGGCAAUUUUCGGGGAAUUGCCCGAUUUAUCGACCACCGGAAGUCCUUCACAUAUUCACGGAUUUGUGGAGCCCGAGUCACUACCUUCUUCCGACACAGAAGAUUUCUAUGGCAAGAAAAAGUCGGCACGGAAUGUUGACGAUCGCUCCUCUAAGAUUGUACCGACGAAAGAAAAAGACGACAUGAGUGAAGAACUAACUCAUCAGGUGCCGGAAUAUUUACCAGCGCAUAAAGUUGCAUCAGAUACUCGAGAAUUCUUCGAUGCCCAGGAAGAACAGGCGCCUAAGAGUCUUAUCACUGAGGAACGUGGUUCUCAAAAAUUUGUUCCCCUCAUUGACGAUCAUUCUGGCGAGGGCUUAGUUUCUUCCGACACUUUUGAUAAUGAAGCAGAGACCGGCUUGAAAUUGAAAUCUCAAGCGCCUGUAGAGGAACCUAUCCAACCUGAACCCGAAACUAAAACAAUCAGCAGCAAGAAACAAAAACGAAAGAACAAGAACAAACAAGUGCGCAGUGAGGUAGAAGCUGAUCCUGUUGAGCCUACUGAAUUUUCAACUCAACGCCGUGAAGUCGAUUUUCAAGAGCCGACGGACAUCAAAUUAGAUGAAAAACAGAGUUUUGUGCGUGGCGAUCUAGGCCCUGAUUCAAAUCUUGAGGCUCAAAAGGAAGAUUCACUUCCAGAAGGUGAAAAUGACGAAGUUGUUGAUGUGCCAGGAAUUUCGACCUCAAAGAGCAAGCGAAAGAAAAGAAAACAGAGACGUGCCGAUGUGGCGCCUGAACAAGUCCAGCUGCCUUUUGGGGUCCAUGAGGGGCAGCUAGCAGAUUGCAGCGAAACCGACCACGGUACUUCUCUUACUGAAGACCAUGUAAUCGACAGUGUGGGAGGUGAUAUACGCCGGAGAUCGCCGGAUGAACCGGUCUGGGAUGAGGUAGAGUCGUCGGGCCGAAAAAGAAACCGUAAAGAACGUACAAAAGACCGAAAGAGUCGGUAUGAGGAAAUAGUUGGAUCUGGAAAACCGACAGAUGAUGAGGUACGAUUUUCUGUCAUUUUAACUGGGCAAGUUCUAAUUUCAAGGCAGACUGAAGCUUCGACAACCAAAUCUUUGCCAGAUUCUUUUUUAGGCGAGCGCCCCGAAAUACUAUCGAUGGGUGAUAGUGCUUCGGGGAUCGAUGCCGAAACUCCUGCUUUUGUGAAGGCGCCUACUACGCCUGUCACCUCGACCCCGCCUGAUACGCUUUUGGGCCAACGUGGCCGUAGCCGCUCAAGCUCUCCUUUUCCUGGAGAGAAAUUCGACCUCCCACCUCUCUCACGGAGUCGACCUUCCUCUCCUUCACCUGGUAUGGUCACACCAAGAAGAAUUUCUCUUCGCGGCGAUCAUGAUCUGUCUCCAAGUGCAACCCCUUCUCCAACCGCUGUACCUUUACAUUUUCGCCGCCCAUUCAGUGCGCACAGUGCAUCUCCCACAGCGCCGCCCGCACCAGAAUCCUCUGGCUCUUCCCCAGCCACGGCGAGGGCCCAUAAACGACCUAAAUCUACUGAAUUUAAAUUUGAUAGAGAACUGCGUCCUCUCUGGCUAGUAGAAAGACAUAGCUAUUCCAAGCCAGAAGAACAAACUGAAGGCCCCUAUCCGUCUCUACCAUCAAGCCGAGCAACAUCUCGAAGCCCCUCAGUAGAAGGCCAAAGGGCUUCAAGUGAAGCAGAUUUUGCGUAUGACCAAUCAGCGGGGAUUCCACGUCGACAGCCAAUAGAACUACGCCUUGAUACUAAUCAAAUGCCGGAGAACGACGAUGUACUGGAUUCUAAGGAAGCAACGCCCACGGCAGCCACAUACCAGGACGCUAUGAAGAAGCAGAAGCCAAAAUACGAAUUCCAUUCACCUUCAGAACUUCUUAUGGGACAUUUUGACGAAAGUUUAGACUCCUUGCCUCCUUUACCCGAAUCUCCAAAAUCGGCAUCUAUUCCUGAUGAGGAGCUUCCACCACUGCCAGACAGCAUUCCUGAGAGUCCAGCCACAGAGGCCGAGUCGUGGCGCACAGCUGGUGAUAGGUCAAGCAUCAGUGUGCAAUCCGAUGUGACUGCGAUUCCUAACUUCGGCCAUGAAUCUUUUGAAGCCGAUCAACCCGAAUCUCGGGAUCUUGGGAGUCGUCCAUCCACUGCCUUCAGUGCGUACGAAUCAGCCGUUGAAUACGACGCCCUAGAAGCCACCACACCUGUUCCAAUCUCACCUGUAUCGACCUCGGGGAUUUACGUUCAAAAGCAUCUUCAUGAUAAUCUUGAGACGAGCCGAGGGGUUGAAGGGCCUGCUACUAUUCCAUUUACUGUUAACGAUGCUUUGAACACAACUGCACCUCCGGCAGACGAGCUAUUUCAAGAAGCAAAUGACCACAUAGUUGAUCCCGUAUCUGCCGAGGAAAAACAAUAUCAAGGUGUGGUGGGGGCCGUAAAUACGAAUGAAAUGGGCUCGGUCUUACCUGAAUAUCAAGGUGAAGAUGCUAUGCAUAGCCGAGAUGGUGAUACGUCUAAUUUUCAGGAUCCAGCCUCUGUAGCUGAAACGAUAUCCCCGGAGCAGGAAACUGAGGAGCCAACAUCAAUUUUGGCCCAUGAGCCGUCCCCAAAUAUCUUUCCUCAGAAAGUAAAAGCGCUACAGGAUCCUGACAAUCAACUCAUUACCUCAACGGAUGAUCAUGACGGUGAAACUUCGGCCAAGGCGGCUGUGAUCGAAACCGAGCCCAUUCUUCCAGAUGCAGUUACAGAGGCCCCGAAGAAUGCCCCCUUGCAGCAAACAGGCGUAGAGUCGAAACCUACGGAGCCAACUGCAGUAGAAGACCCAGAGAAGGCACUAAUAAGUGGAGAAGAGAUGGGUAUUGAGACUUCACGACAAAUUGGCCAUAUUUCAACCCCAGAUCCUGUUUUUAACUCUUUCUUUCCCCAGGUAGCCGACAUCUCAAUUGAAGAGGCCUUCGGACCCGGACUUCCUGAUGUUGUCCAAAGAGGGCCUCAAUCGAACGAACAGAACAUGCCUCCCGAAACAUCAAUUUCUGAAGUUUCAAUCCCGUUCCCACUUGUCAAGGAUCGUGAUGUAAGCCCUGAAGCGGUCGCCAGCGAUGAUAAACCUUAUGAAUCCCCUGUCACAUUUUCAAUCAAGCCGACCAAAUCAAAGAAAGGGAAAAGGGGGAAGAGGAAAGGACGAGGGUCUGUUGCAACUUCUGGGAAGGACGAUGCCGGACUUCUCGAAGGAGACUCCGACGCGCCCAUUGCUGAGGCGGAAGAAGCAACGGUAUUAGCCAAACAGGGGCAAACGCCACCGUUCGACGGCCAUAUUUUUACUACACACGAUGUGAAUAAUCCCUUGGAAUUUCCUACUCCUAGCAGGAAGGAAGCUGUCGAGAUGAAUGACCCAACCCUUACAGCAGAAUUGAGCCACAAGGAUGAAAAUCAUCCAUUUACAGCUAUUACCAUUAGCCCUGAAGAUAUUGCUUCUCCUGAGGCCGCGGCUGAUCAGGUGGACCGUUCUUCCCAAGAUUUUGACCGAAACACGGAUACUGCAGAAGCGCUGACGACUUCCUCCGUCGCUGAACAACCUCAACUGUCAUCUGCUAAGGAUUUUAUACUUGAAAGUAAAGAAAUUGCCCCUACUACUUCUCCAACGGAAGAAGCUAGAGAGACCUUCAAGCCUUCUCCGGUGCAGGAUGCGAAUACGCAAGGAAUUUUUGUGGAGGAUGGAAUUUCUGGAUCCGAAGCAGUCAUUGAGCCACUAACAGCACUGCAGAAGGAGGAAGAUAACCACUCUAUAGUAGCCACAGAAGAAGCUGUGACGGCACACGAUGCUAUAGAACCACUCACAACGGCCAUUUCCCCCAUAAUUUCUCAUGAUAUUAGCGAUGGGCUGCAGGAUAAAGGGAACCCAACAUGGGAGGCUUCGACGGAACAUAUUGCUAAUGUAGAGGGUAACGGGCAAGAGUCUCCGGAGUCAUUGACCGUGGUGACAGAAGAGUCACUCAAGGAUGAUUCGCAGAACAAUACUGCAUUAGAGCCCCGUGAGAUAGCUGAUGAUUAUUUUGCCCCUGUAACUUCUAGGAAGGACAAAAAGAAAAAACGAAAGAGCAAAAAAUUUCGGGUUGAAGAUGAGCCUUCUACAGAUGCCAAUGACAAGAAAGAACUCGAUUGUUCAACAGUCGAAGAAUCAACCCCUCCACAAGAGCAACCGCAUUCACCGUCCCAGUCCCCACAGGAAGCUGGCACUGACGUAUUAGCGGCUUCGGACGAAGCUUUGGGGAAAGAGGAGGUAGAUGAUAUGACAACGUCUAGGUCAUUGGCAAACGAAGAACAUCUUGAAUAUUUUGUGCCAACAGAAAAUGUUGAAGCCGAGGAAGAAAUUGCCGUCGCGACCGAGGAACCCCUAACUGACAUUUUCCCACUCAUAACCAAAAAGGCCAAGAAGAAAAGGAAAGAAAAGGCAUUGAUUGUUACGCCCACUCCUGAAGACUCACAAACGUUGCAAAAAGAUAUGGAGCAAGUGGACGCUGAGCCUAGUAGUGAAACGCAAGAAACUUCUCCAGGUGGAGACGGCGUGGGAGUAGAUAAAGACUUUCCUGGGGAUGAUGCGGUUGAUAAACUCGGAUCACUUAGUUCGCCCCAGAAGCUAUUAGGCGAACAGCAAAUUGUCGAAAUACCUGACAAUGAGCAUGUUCAUACCUUGGAUUUGAGCAAUACAGGCGUUAUGGACGUUCCCUCUGAGAUUCCGCUGGUUGGAGAAGAUGCGUCAUUUCCCGCUGCAGGCUCUUCGAUGGAAGCCAAUACCCCUGAUUCUGCGCCUGAAGCCCUAGGGCAAGGUACGCAAUUGGGGGAAGAAGAGACGCAAACUUGCAGAACUUCGCCAGAUGAGAUCACCAAUCAAAAUGACACAGAAGUUUUUAAUGAUGCCCCCGAAUUCUUGCCAUCUGUCACAGCAAACGACGCCACUGGACCUCAGAUGGAUCCUAUUGAUAUCGAUAUCGACUCUUCUCCCUUUGUAAGAAAGAAGAGCAAAAAGGGCAAAGGAAAGAAAAAACGCCAAGAACCGGAGCCUAGAGAAUCAGAUAUUUCUGUUGGAAAAAAUAAAAAUAAACAGGAAGUCUGCGAGGAGAAAAUUGAUAUGGAACAAGAGCCCACCCAAAACCCCAUGGAGUCUGUUACUAUGGGAAACGAUCAUGAGUUACACGGAUCGUUAAAGGACGAACAAAUUCCCACGCCUUUUAGAGCAACUAUCUCUAACACGGAUGAAGUGGUCCAGGACCAAGGCACAGUACCAGAAACUACGAAAGUCGUUGAUGAUGGAACCGAACCUACGACUGGCACAUUUAUAGCACGUCCAGAGAUCGUUUUUGUUCCUCGCGAUGGAGCGGAAACGGGAUCUAUUAUUGCUUCUAAUCCAAAGGACCCCAUGGCUUCUACCACGCCGGACGAAACGCCUCAACCCGCAGCAGUUCCAGCAGAAGAUUUGGAAAUUAGACGUAUGGAAACUGACUUUUCAUGUGGCGACAACGAAAAUGGCCCGCCUCCUGUUGAGGGAUUCACAUGUCUUGACGAACCGACAGCCAAAUCAUCUACCGAGCCCGUACAGCUCGAGGCAGUCAUGGAGUCCCCAGAGGGGAUCGUACCGGUUUUUGAAACGGGUGGUCUAGAGACGGCCUCAUUGGACACUAGUACGAUGGACGAGAUUCCUACGGCAAUAGUGGAGAAAGACGAGAGCCUGGCGGAAGAUUUCUGGGAUGAACAAGUAACAAAAAAGCGUAAGAAAGGAAAAGGAAAACGAAUGGAGAUACUUCCAGUUGAUGAUAAACCAUUGGCCGAUACAGCGGAUGUAUCCCAACCAAUGGAUUUAGAGCGUAAUUUACCACCCUCAGCGAUUAAAGAUACCGAAUUCAGGGAUAUAGAGAUGAAAGAGUCGCAUUCUGAGUUAACGCCUGACAUCCACACACCAUUAGCCAAUGAGCCUAUCCCAAACUCUGAAGAUGGCAUAGCUGUAUCAGAGUCUACAAAACCUUCUAGAAAACAAAGCAGAAAGGAUAAGAAGAAGAAAAAGGCAACCAUGGAUGUGGGGCCACCUGAAGUUGAAUCUAAUGUUUGGAUGAAUUUGGACAAAAAUGCGCUAUCGGAAUCCACAUUGAAACUUCCAGAAGAGUCAACGGCACAGGAUACUUCAAGCGGGUCGCAACAUGUAAUACUUGAAGGCUCAAGUACCGAUGGUAUUGAACUUUCCCCAUCUACCAUUCUAGAAACCGUUGAGCCAAGUGCUUCCAUAUCUCCAUUAGAUAGUGACAACAAACAGCCACCGCUGACUGAGGACAAAAAAGCGACUGACAACGCCGCUUUAGAACCUGGAAUUCGAGAAACUGAGGUUGUGGCCGAGCCUCUAAUUAGCAAAGUCGAAUCUGAGGAACAUCAAGAUGAACCUGUCGCAGCGUGGACUUCUGGCGGAAAAAAAUCGAAAAAGGACAAAAAAGCAAGGAAAGGCAAAAAAGUGGAUACAGAGCCGCAAAAAGACGAAGUACAGCUUUCGGUUGUUCCACAGGUAGACCAACAAGUUGAAAAUCAGUUCAACGAAGGAGAUACAGAGCGCUCCGUCAAAGAAGAGCCAAAGUCAGCUAAAUCCAAGCGGAAAGCCAAAAAAGACAAGAAGAAGCAAGAUUUCUGGGAGGAUGAGCCGCCGCCCCUGGAAAAAACAACUGCCACUGAAGUAGCUCAUGCCGAACAUGCGGAGGAUACUACUGUUUCUCCCUUACGGGCUGAUGAAUCUGAGCCUGAGGAACCUAACUCGAGCAAAACAAGAAGGAAAGCAAAGAAAAACAAGCAAAAAGAAGCUUUCAAUCUCACCGGUUCUCCCCCCGCUGUGCAAAAUCCUGUCGACCGCUCGGACAUCGAGACACCCUAUCCUCCAGAACCUGAGCUGCACAGUGAUGUAGACGCGACGACAUUAGAGCAAUCUACGACAAAGCCAAAUGAAGCACGGUCUGAAGAACAUCUAGAGGAAGUAGUGUCAAGGGAAGGCGUUGAUGAUCAAUCUACAAUUGGCGGGCGUGAAACGGACGGUAAAGAAUUUCAAUCUUUUAAGAAGAAAAGUAAAAAUUCAAAGAGAAACGCUAAAACGACCGAUUGGACUGAUGAAAUUCCCACUGAGCAGGUUAUACCGGAGCCUGCUGAUCAAGGUCCUCCGCGACCGCCAGCUACAGAAACUUCGCCAGAACACGCCGUCCCCACGCCGUCUAUCCAACAAACCGAUUUCCCCGAUGUCAUCUCAAAACGAGAUACGCAUUUCGACGAUGAAUUGCACGGGCCUGUGGGUCCACCCGGUUCCACCACCGUAGACAAUUCCGAUCCGCCCUCUGGCAACCAGCAGCCUCCCCCAACCGCCGACACCAUCACAAAAUCAGAGACUUUGGGAGAUUCCUCGGAUGGGCUUGGACCAGCUACUGCUUUAACGCCUAUCAAGAACCCGUUCGCCCAAAUAAUUUCUCCUGACACAACAACCACUCCGAUUAUCACGAAGAAUAAUCAUUGUUUGCCCAUAACUCUUGACGCAUUGCCUGAAUCCAAGCCAUCGACUCAUUCUCAAGAGCAGGAUAGCGUUCAACACGAGGUCCCACCAAAAGGAUUAGAUGCAAAUCACCACACUUCGGAAAAUGGUAGUCGGCUUAGCAUCGAACCUCUCAUAGAAAACUGGGGUUCUGAGAACCGCUAUAGUAUGCAACUUGAGCCUCAUAUGGCUAGCGAUUGUCAAGUAGAAUUUAGUGGGAAUGAAGAACUAGAUGCCAAGAGCGAGGAAGACAAAGCGGCCCCCCUUGAGACCCAGUCUGCUAUGUUGGAGUCAGCAACAUUGAUGCAAAGUGAUUCAGUCAUUCGUCCAGUAAUAGAGGCUCCCGAAAAAAUUGAAAUUGCAAGUGAAAGCUGCGCUCUUAAAGAAAUGAUUGUUGAUAAAGACUCACAAGAGGUGGAUACCCCUUACCAAAAAACAUACCCGGCUCAAAACGAAAUGACCCAGUCACCGGAAAGUCAGUCAUGUGAUAAACAGCUUGAGGACGAAGCUGCAAGUUCUCAAUGGGCGAGUAAAAAACGAAAGAAGAACAAAAAGGCAAAGAAAGGCGUUUUACCCCUUACUCGGCCAACUAGCCCUUCCGUUGAUCCGGUGAGGACAGAUGCGGAUAUGUCUAAUUUGUGUGAAGCACCUGUGAUCAUUUUGCCUGAGGCAUCCACCGAAACUGUGUUAAGAAAGGAGAAACGAGGCAGAAAAGGGAAAGGGAAGAAGAUAGAUUCGGGAGCCACAGAAGAAGACAAGGUCAGUAGUGAUGAUGCUAUAGGGCCACCAGAAAUGAUGAGACUGGAGAAGCGGGUUCCAGAGGACAAGAAUACAUCGGAUGCUAUUGGCGUGGCCAUCCUACAAGCACAGCUAGACACUACUGCAGCUAAAGAAACAACUACCGACGGACCCCCAGCUAAAGGUAUAAACUAUAGGCUAAGGGGAGAAGGGUUUUCUGGUCCUUCCAGCCCGAUUUUGAACGAUCAAAGUAACGCCAAGGACGUUGGUGAGAACACAUUUGAACAAGGCCCUGCUCGCAUCGAAUCAUCGAGGCAAAUCGCGGAUGUGGAGAAGAAUCUUUCAGCCGAAACCCCAUCCUCAGAGGCUCUUCCCCUAACUUCUAUAGAGGUAUUAAACCCAGAUCUGCAGAGGAAAGUUAACCAAGUUGCACCAAAGUCUGACGCCCUAAAAAAUGAAGCGGUCCUGGGAGAAAUUAUCGAAGAUGACUGUGAAGACUCUCCUGUUAAAACAAUCGAGCCAUCUAUCAAACCAUUUCUACUAAGCGAGAAGAAAGACGACACGCCCAGAGACGAUGACUCGCUACCUUCAAUUGAUUGGGAUCAAUCGAAGCAAGGCGCGUUUCACGAUUAUGCCUUGAAGUCAACCAUCUCUCUGCCCGAUUUCCAAGUACCAGGUGGAAAAGUCCAUGGCCCAAGAUAUUCAUUUGAGUCCGACCAGCCUCACCUGUUAAAGUCAAUUGAGGGUGGUAUUGAGGAGUUUAAUGCCGAUGCCAGACCGAAUUCGACCCUCUAUGAUCACAGCUCGGGUCUCCCCCGGCUAUCUAGACAGUCAAUGGAGUUGACUCCUGAAUUAGAUAUGAGAGCGCAAUCAAACCCAAGUCGGCAAUUUUCGCAGCCACCCUCUGAAGGCGCACAACAGCAAAAACAAGAAUCCUGGCAAACACCAAUCGGGAUCGUUGCCAGUGUUUUCCCGCAUCUUGCACGGGUCUCAAGGAAGUCCAAUGAAAAAUUAAAUCCAGAAACGUCCGAAGUUAUCGAAUCCAAAGUAAUAAAUCGGCAAGGAGAUGGCCAAUUACAGCAUAGAGAACAAAGUAAUGCCAUAAGCCAGGCACAAAUGGGUAAGGACGUGGUGGAGCAAGCACCAAAUCUAAGCCCAAAUUCGCCGUUAAGGGGCUUAUCAUCAGAUCUUCGUGAAUCCGUUUCCACACCUCAGUUGCAACAGCCACCCUCUAUAUUUGGUGGACCUUAUGGGCUGGCAGACCAGUAUCGGACGAGAUCUCCUCCAAAAAGCCCACUCGCUCCCAUCAAGGAACAGGCCACAGUGGGAGGUUUAGCUAGCUCUCGACAGAGUUAUAUAUUAGACUCUAGCUCACUGGAUCAAGGCAGCAGCGUUAAACUUGCUCAAGCCCCCCCUGCCUUCGCCAUUCGACCCAUUCAAGAUACCCCGCAAGCUACCCCAAGGGCUCAGCUACGCUCAUUCUCCGGGCCUCCUGACAAUAUUUUAAAAACCCCGGAAACUAGCGAGAUAGUCCGGACAGGAAGCGUUACCAGCCUUGACAGCCUCAGGUCCACUGACUCUCUCCGGCUACGUCGCAGCCGUGGUAGCGGUGAUCUCCGGGCUCAAAGCAACAUCGACCAUCUCGGCGGGAAAAAUAAAUAUCCGACGCCCCAACCAGAAGAGGAAGACGUAAACAUUGAGGCGAUCGCAUCGUCAUCCACCUACGACCCAGUCACCGACAAGGGUAAACUCCCACUGCGAGGCAUGGCCGCAGACGUCUAUGAGGGCUGGGGCGACAUUCCCGGAUCCCCGCUUUCUCCAUCUCGGCCUCCAAGCGUCCGUCGCCGUCGCAGCUUGCAGCAUCUUCAAGAUCUUGAGACUCGGCUCGAUCAAUUGGUGUCAGAAAAUCGCCUGCUCUCCACUGCAAAAUCUACCUCCGAAAAAGCCUUAGAAGCGCAGACAAUUGCCCAGAGGCAACAUGCGAAAGCGCUUGAGGCACGUGAACAGGAACUCCAGGAUAAAGACUCACAGAUCCAGCAAUUGAAGAAGACUGCGCAAUGGCUCCAGACGGAGCUUAAUAAGCUGACAGAGCUUAACGAAGGUCUCACUGCAAGCAAUGCUGGCCUCCAACAAUCACGCGAACACCAAACGAGUCAACACAAUGAAGUUGCGCAACAAUGGCAACAGUCAAGGGAGGAGCUCGAAGACCUGCGAGCUAAAUAUACUCAGUUGUCCGCUGGUAUGGCUACUAUUGUGAGCACUGAAGUCGAUACGGCUCUGGCAGAGAAAAACGCAGAAAUUCGUCGACUACGCGAGGAGCUAUUGGAAUCCCAAGAAAAAAUUAAGGAAUUGCAAGAAAAAAUUAUCGCUUCCUCCCAUGACAACGUGAUUACAUUUCGUGAUGAAGACUAUUUUGAAGGCGCAUGUCAAAAGCUGUGUCAUCACGUUCAGCAGUGGGUUCUACGGUUUUCCAAGUUUUCCGAUAUGCGGCUGUGCCGUUUGACAAGUACGCUCCGCGAUGAGAAAGUUGCUGAUCGUUUUGAGAAUGCAAUCUUGGAUGGCUCAGAUGUUGAUUCUUAUCUUGCUGACCGUGUGAAACGCCGAGACGUAUUCAUGUCUGUUGUUAUGACAAUGAUGUGGGAUUAUAUCUUCACACGGUAUCUCUUCGGUAUGGACAGGGAGCAGCGGCAAAAGUUAAAGAUCCUUGAAAAACAGCUGAGCGAAGUGGGACCGCCCGCUGCUGUUCAGAGGUGGAGAGCUACAACACUCUCACUGCUUGCCAAGCGACACGCUUUCCAAGACCAGCGAGCCUUAGACACUGAAGCAGUGGUUCAAGAAAUAUAUCGCACCUUGUCGAAAUUACUCCCGCCUCCACAGGACCUAGAGCAGAGUAUACAAGAUUCACUCCGUAAGGUGAUGAAAUCUGCAGUGGACCUGUCCGUUCUCAUGCGCACUCAAAAGGCGGAAUAUAUUAUGCUUCCUCCGUUACGACCGGAAUAUGACACUAAUGGCGAAUUGACCCGCAAAGUUCAUUUCAAUGCAGAUUUAAUGAAUGAGCGGAGUGGCGAGACUGUGUCUAACGAGGAACUUGAAUCACAGCAAGCUGUGGUUCGCAUUGUGCUCUUCCCGCUAGUUGUCAAGAAGGGCACUGAUGAGGGCGAGGGUGAUGAAGAGAUAGUUGUCUGUCCUGCCCAAGUGCUUGUAGCACGACCGGCAAGGGAUAAAAAGAUGGUUAGGAUCCUAAGUGGCGAUCGGCUCUCCGCGAAUCCAGCCAAUCAAUCCAUGCAAAGUAUUUCGGAAAUGGGUACAGGAACCAUGAUAUAA